AUAUUUCAUGUGUUACAACAUACUGUACAAAUAAUUUUUUCUUAUUUUUUUUAAAUGUACCUAGGACCACAAGCCUGUGGUUCUUAAAUCUCACAGACGGCCAGUCAUCUACAACCACUGCUGGGACAUCGGAGCCUUAAAUACUUCACUAAGCCUGUAUUUUGAGAAAAAGUGAAUUGCUGUCUGAAAGUAUUAUUGGUUUAUGUUUAUUUUAAUAGUUUACAUUUACGUGCCAUCAAUUUUCUUGCUUAUUUUUUAUCCAGCUGCUGAGACAGCACGGGCCCUUCUUGCCGCUUUGGGCCGCUUAAAUGCAGCGUGACACGCCAAGCUAUACAAUCGAAAGCGUCGUUCGUAACAGACGAAAUGUUUUACUGUAUUCGGAUUCGUAACUUAUUUUGACAAUUAUUUAUUUUUGGCCCAGUAUGCUCCAAAUAUGCUACAAAACCAAAAUGGCCAGACAAGAAAGAAGCAUCUGAAGAAAUUUUAAAACUACCAAAGCUUGAAACUUUGUUGUGUACACUCGCAGAAUAUAGACACAGAUGCAUUAGAAAUUGAGCCAUAUUCUUUAGCGCCUUGGUGGCCCAUGGCCCGCCGUUUAAAAACGGACCGCGAGUUUAAAAUAUUUGGACCGCGAGAUAUCAGGAAUGUUUUCAUUGUCUCAUCUCUUAGGAAUAAGUCAAUCCGAUCAAAAAAGGCUAAGACAUCUCAUUUUACGAAGUUCCCCAACUGAUGAUGAUACAGAAAAAAGAGCGUUCAUUUCAGGUGGCAUGCCAUUUGCUCUCUCAGAUUGUGAAGUUAGUGCUGAAGAUGGGAAUUUUCUGAAAUAAGAGAAUAUUGAUUAUGGAUGUAUGGAUUCACAUUAUACAUGCUCCCUUUAAUUUAAAAUUAAUUGGUUCAUGUUUAAUUCUAUUUUCGAGAAGCUCUUCUUCAGAGCUAACUCAUUUGGAUUGAAUCGAAAUGAGUUCCUAUGGGUAUGGUACUGGAAAAGUUGCAGGUUUGAAUCUCGCCAGACACUUUUCUUACAACUGGAACUGGAGCUACGAUUCUAAUCGACAAGAUCAAGCAACACAAAUCUGACCAUGGAGCAAAGCAAAAUGGAAAAAUCUGUAUCGACAAUAGACCCACUAACGUUCCCGCAUGAGACGUAUCUGUCAAACACUAAAGAUGAACCAACAGAAGACGGCUAUGUGUCUAUAUUGAAGGAUUUUAGUACUAGCACCUCUGCACACGGAAUCCCGCAUAUUAUCACCGCUAAAAAUAUGUUCAUGAAAUUAUGCUGGUGUAUCGUCACUUCCGGUGCAUUGGCAGUGCUUCUUCUACAGGAGUACGACCUUUUGAAAGACUACUUUAGUCAUCCGUAUGCGACCAAGAUCGACCUCAUCACAAGAACGAAUUUAAUUUUUCCGGCGGUUACUGUUUGCAAUAUGAACAAAAUGCGUCGCUCGGCUCUGAAUGGAACGCGUUUUGAGGGUUUACUGGAGGUAGACGAUGGAACUGAUGACCAGACACAACAACCUGAAAAUACGUUCACUACAUUACAACAGUCUUACACACUGGACGGAAAUUCAGCAGAUAUUAAUGAAACAACCACAUUUGUAGAUGAUAGUAUUGUUCCUACAUCUGCAGCUAGUCAGGAAGAAUCUGCUGAUGAUUCCGUAACGGCGGGGUCAGUUCACGAGCGCCGUAAACGGAGAGCAAAGGAUACAAUAAAGCGUCGGACCCGCGACACGUCAUCUUCCUCUUCAUCAUCUUCCAGCGAGCGAUACAAUAAUUUUGAUUGGCUGGAUGAUUUUGAUUUUGAUGAAGAUGACUUUGUUGACGACGAUACCUAUGACUGGAAUGGGGUUAUGGACGAAAAUGAUUGGGAGGGUUUUUACGACAAUUCGAAGUCGGAAGAUUUUAGUGACAUACUAAACGUGGCCAAUCCAACAAAAGAAGAAUUACAAAAUCACGGCCACCAACCAGAGGAGUUUAUACUACAGUGCACUUUUGAUAAGAAGCCAUGUCUGCAAUUGACUCUUUUUGUUGAACAACCCGAGUACAUAGGACUGUUCUCCCAUAUGUCGGGUGUACGUGUAUCUAUCCACAAUACUUCUGUGGCUGUUUUCCCGGAAGACCAUGGAACAUUGGCGCCAACUGGAAUGGCAACAUUAAUCGGGAUAAAAAAAAAUUAUAUUGUACGCUUACCCCAACCACACGGCAACUGCUCAAAAGGCAAAGAUAUUCGAUUUAAUACCCAGAAUGCUGGGUACUCUCAACAACUCUGUAUACAGUCAUGUUUGCAAGAGGAACUACUAAAUAAGUGCGGCUGUGUCACUGAAAUUGGUCUCGAGGAACAUGCGCUUUGUAGUUAUCUGGAUUCAACACAACAAUUGUGUCGGCAAUUGAUCGAUUCAUUAUACAAUGAUGAUAAACUCAACUGUGAUUGUCCUGUUGCCUGCAGUGAGACUAAUUACGUAACAUCAUCAUCUAAUGCUGUGUGGCCGUCAGAGCGAUAUGAGGAGCAUCUGUGGAUACGGCUUGCAGACAAGAACAAAAAGGUUAAGCGGUUGUUAAAUAGUGUUGAGACUACAAGGUUAUUGUAUUCCUUAGUUUUUCUCUCUCUCUCCAAUCAGAUUUCCGGUAUCCUCGGAGCGUUUGGUGGACUCCUAGGCUUAUACGUUGGAAUAUCAGUCAUUACAAUCACCGAAGUCAUCGUUCUUUUGUUACAGUCCAUUGUAUAUUUUAUCAAACGAGCAUUCUGUAUGAAUAAAGUACAUCCAUUUAUCAACAAGUAAAAAUUAUAAUGACAACAAGAACGAAGAAGCUACCACAAUAAACGAAUGAUAAUUACAAAAAUUAAUUCUAAACCGUCCAUAUAGACCGAAGAUUAAACCUUAAUGUUUUAUUCAUUGUUGUUCAUAAGUAUUAGUUUGGUAAUAUGGUAUUUAUACAGUAUAUCUAUUUAGGUAUAAUAUGUUUGAUAACUAGAUAAUACAAUGAAAUAAAUAUUAAUUAAACGCAUCGUACCAUAAUACAGUAUAUGCGUAUUUUAUAUGGUCACCUCUAAUUCCGAGACCCCUCUAACGGGAGACAAAGUUACCACAUAUCAUAUGUUUUAUUCGUUGUUGUUCAUAAGUAUUAGUUUGGUAAUAUGGUAUUUAUACAGUAUAUCUAUUUA